GGGCGUUGCCAUUUGGACUUGUUUGGGAAAAGGUGCGGCAGCUCUGUAACACUCGUUUCUAAGCUCUUCCUUUGUCUUCCUUUCAUCUCGGUAAGAUUCAAAAACUACGAUUUCAGCAUCAGUUAGGGCAGCGCGGUUAUAGAGGCCUCAUUGUCUACGACUUAAGUAUGUCUGUGUGGGAUGACUUAGAUCUGCUAUUGGAUUCCCCUUCCUCGCUGACCAUCACUUCAAAUACAAGAGGAACUGUGACAGACUACUCAAGUUUCAAAGUUGAUGAAGAUGUUUCUGCGUUGAAGAAGGCCAUAGAGGGUCUUGGCACAACUGAAAAAACACUGAUUGAGGUCUUGACCCAAAGAAGUAAUGCACAGCGACAGCUCAUUGCUCAAGCAUAUGAGAAAGCAACUGGAAGGAAACUGGUAGAUGACUUGAAGGGUGACACCAGUGGAGAUUUCGAGGAUGUACUUGUUGCUUUGGUAACACCUCCUGUAGUUUAUGACUGUAAAGAAGUGAUUAAAGCAAUAAAGGGAGCUGGAACAACAGAGAGUACACUGACUGAAAUAUUUGCCUCUAGGUCCAACAAACAAAUUAAAGCUUUGUCUGAAGCUUAUUUGGCAGAAACUGGAAGAUCAAUGCUUCAUGACCUAAAGGGGGAGGUGGGUGGGGAGUAUGGCAAAGCCCUCCUCAUCCUUGCUGAGGGCAAAAGAGAUGAGAGCACCCAUGUUGAUGCUGCUAAAGCCAAGGCAGAUGCAAAGGCCUUGUAUGAAGCUGGGGAGAAAAAAUGGGGAACUGAUGAAGCCAAAUUCAUUGAUAUCUUAUGCCACAGGAGUAUUCCACAAUUGCGGCAGACUUUGAUCGAAUACAAAGAAAUUAGCAAAAAAACUUUACAGGAAAGCAUAGAAAGUGAGAUGUCUGGCGAUCUGGAGAAAUUGCUUGUUGCUGUUGUGAAAUGUGUGAAGAAUGUUCCUGCAUACCUUGCAGAGAUACUGUUCAAGAGUAUGAAAGGUCCAGGUACUACAGAGUCCACUCUGACCAGGAUUCUGGUCAGUCGUUCAGAAAUUGAUUUAAUGGACAUCAGAGCAGAGUACAAAAAGCUUUUUGGAUAUUCACUCUACACCCAACUCGAGUCUGAAGUUUCGGGUUGCUAUGGUGAUGUCCUGAAACAUCUGUGUGGACAAGACUAACUCCACCCUCAGAGAAGAUGAGAAACAUGUGGUGUAGUUCAGCAUUUGAAAAGACGAGGAAAAUUAAGCAUUUUAUUAAAAUAGUUCACUUCUAAAAUUGUAACAAUUUACUGCUGCCCUCUGAGGUAUUCCAACAAUUUCUACCCAGGCCUAGAUAUUUCACAGCCGAAUUCAUGUAGAAUCAAAUACUCAUGUCUAAAUAAAAAAGUAAUUAUAUUAUGUUUUCUAUUUAAUAACCUUCUACAACUUAGAAUUUUGUAGUAUGCACAACUAAUUGUAAUAAAAGGAUACCAUAUCUAAGUCAA